AUGCAGGAAGUAUCACCGAUGAUUGAGCACGUCCUGAAGGGCAUCCACGCCACCGUGUUCGCGUACGGGCAGACGGGUAGCGGAAAGACAUACACGGUGGAGGGCAUCGACUACCUGCGGCACGGCAGUGGGAAUCCCAGGCCCAGCCUCAAAACGGAUCCCCGGCAACACGGCAUUAUUCCUCGUGCCAUCCAGCUUGUGUUUGAUCGCGCACGGGAGAUGCAGUUGGAGGACGGAAACCUGCGGUUCCAGUUCUGCUGCAGCUUCUAUCAGAUAUACAACGAGCGCGUGACGGACCUGCUGGACCCAGCCACGACGCACUCGCCGAACGCCGGGCUGAAGGUCGGCUGGUGCCGCGGCGACGUCUUUGCCGUGGAGAAUCUUUUUAUCUGCAACUGCGAUGAGUCGGAGAAGAUGCGCCGAUGCUUCUUCUCCGGCACGAAGGAGAAAUUCAUGGGAAGCCACGCCAUGAACCAGCAGUCAUCGCGUUCGCACUGUGUAUUCACCAUAUACGUUGCCCGCUACGACGCCGACUCGCCAGAGACACCCAUCAGGGCCGAGCUUUCCAUUGUGGAUCUGGCAGGAUCGGAGAGGAUUGCAAUGCUUUCUAGGAACCCGUCUUCGUCAAUGAUAAAGGACUCUCCCGAUAUCAACGCGUCACUUCUCACUCUCGGAAGAGUCAUUACAGCUCUUGCUGCUAAUGGUACAAGAGCGAAGAAAGGUAAGCCCGCUGAUAGGUCGCACAUUCCAUACCGCGAGAGCAAGCUGACCAUGUUGCUGAAGCACGCAUUAGGCGGCAACUCGCUCACUACCAUGAUUGCAUGCAUUAGUCCAUCAGACCGGUAUGUUGAUGAGACAUUGUCAACUCUUCUGUACGCCGGUCGAGCGCGCAACAUUACGAACAUCCCACGUGUAAACGAAGACGCGAAGUCUGCGCUCAUCCGUCAGCUCCGUGCUGAGGUAGCCAGCAUGAAGAAGGAAUUGAAAUAUUGUGGAAUUCUGACGACUGACAAUCUCGGCAAGGUUGAUUUUACAGAGUCUAAGAGACUUCAGGAGCGAGAUGGCACUGAUGAUGGUAGGGUGAAUGAAUUGGCAGAGAAGCUUGUACAAGCGUGUGAGGCGCUGAAAAACAUUAUUGCUGUGAACGGUCAGUUGCGAGAUGCUUUUGACACCGUAAAGAACGCCAAGGCGGAGCUUGAGAGGCGUGAAUUGGAACUGAACGCUGAAAACUUGGCAUUGAGAGAGCGCAUAGAACUGCUGGAGUCUAUUGUGCUUAAAGAAGACUUCAUGGGAGAAUCUACACGGGAUUUUGAUUUUGCGGGUAUUGAAGAGAAUGAGUGGCCGUGCCAUGCAUUAUUAGACGGCCCGUCUUUAUUUGGUGUGGACAUUGGUUCAUCAUUGAAGGGCGUUCACAAUCGUCCGUUAUCCGCAGAUUUGGCCUCACCGCCCCGUAGUUCAGAAAAACACGUGAAGCGCAGGGAUUAUAUUACGGUUAUAGAAGAUGGCGAUGGGAGGGGUCCCCUGUUUGCACCAUCUUCUGCACGCACGCUGUCAGGUUCACAAAGGAGGGGAUUUUCAGUGACUAGAAACAAGAGAAGUGCCAAUAGCAGGUCGGAUUUUGUGGCGCGUAAGGCAUCACCGAAGGAACGGCGAAGAAGGCAAAGAUCUAAAAUUCAGAAGAAAUUGGAAGAGUACACGAACCGUUACUGUCAGCCAAAUCAUUUUGUGAAUUAUGCGGAGUAUUACGCCAAGGCGCGUCAGCAGAUUCCUGUCAAUCAUGCUGCGGCAGUUGCCAUCAAGGAGAUGGAAGGGACGUUGAAGCAAUUGCCGCGUAGCAUUGCAGCAACCGUGCCACAGUCACUGAAAUUUUCUUCAGAAUUUGGUUCUUUGUCAUUUGGUGGAUCGCGUGAAGGAUUGACGGAGUUGGAACAAAGGCGUCAGCAACGUGAAGCGAAACGGAAAGCGCUCCUUGCAGAACAACAAGCCCUAAGGGAUAGUGUGACCCGGACACUUGUGAACGCAACGGAGCAACUAGAAUGUCUGCGUUAUGCGGGAACUGGCGCCGUUACGUCUCAUCCCUACUCGGGUGAUAUCGCAGGACGCACGAAAGUUUCCCGCACAGGGGCACCGAGUAUCUCGUCAGCGCCCGCAAACUGUGGCAUGAGUCGAUUGCGAGCAUAUUUGGACCUUGACGCGGCGAAGAGAGCUCUUGUGGUAUCGUCACCUCAGUGA